AUGAAGAAGAGCGCACAUAUUUACACGUUCUACGGUAUCGCCGUCAUCGUUCUCCUGCUUGUGCUCUACGUAUUUGUGCACAAGCGAGCGGUAUACAACCCGGUCGUGGAGAUGAAGAGGAGUGCCAUGCUGGACGAGCUUGAAGAGGAGAGAAAGAGGAAGGAGGAGAGGGAGAAAGAUGCAGAAAAGGUAAAAGAUGAGAAACAGUGGAAGGAUGGCGACAGGAAAGAUGCGGAAAAGGAUUACAACGACAGUACAGAGCACAGGGACAAUAUGAACAUGGGCAACACGGACGGUGCGAACAGAUUGUACGACAGCCUGUAUGGAAGACCGUACGACAUGUACAGCAGCCUGUACGGUACGCCGCAGACCAAUGCAUCAUUGAACGACUCCUACCCGUACUCGAGCACGAACGCGUUGCCAUCUUCUGAUCCAUACGGAGCAGGCGUACCACCCCAGUUCAACAACGCAUACAGCAGUCCAAUGGAUCCACCGAUGGAUGACAACAGCGGUCAAAUGACGAGGGAAUCUGAGGAAAUGCUGAAUUCGCUUGCACGGGACCCGAUGUUCAACCUUACAAUGUUCAUGGGCAUGCUGAACAAGAUAAAAGAUGAAAACAGGGAAGAAAGCACGACCAAUAGCAAUGAGGAUGACAGCAAAUCUUAUGUCAGGUCGCGGUAUGUACCGCCCAGUCUCAUCACACUGCCUGGUCGCUACAACUUGGGAUUGAGGAGACCGGGUGAAUCCAUUUUUGGUGAAAAUGUUGGUGAGCAGCUGGGUGUACCGGGCACGAAUGAUACUGAAAGAACAGCGGGAAUGAACAACGUGGUCGGUAUGAGCGUAUCGGGCGGAGACGAAAGAAGUAAGAACAACUUGUCUCCUGUUGAUCCGAGCGCCUCUGGUGAAAAUGGUAAAAAGAACGAUUCAAUGGGAUCGUCUUACGGUAACUCAUCGGGAACAAGCGUUUCAAACAAAGAUGGAAAAGACAAAAAGAAAGAAGAUGAAGGCGCAGAUCCAUCAAUGCUUAGAGAUGCUCCCAUGACGAGAGGAAAAGAUGAUAAAGACAAAAAGGACAAAGAGAAGAAAAAGAAAGAAGGUAUGACGCCAUUACCGUUCGAAAUUUCGGAAUUGAGCAUCCUAGGUGGAAAUAGAAACGAGGAUAGGAAGAAAAAAGACAAUAAGAACGCGAUGCUUUCGCCAGUGAGUAGUACACCUAGCAUGCCAGGUACAAAUCUCUCGAACAAGGGAGAUAAGAAUGCAAGUAACGAUAAUAUGGUAUCAUCAAUCUUAAGAAUUACCAGCACUAACAUCUCUGAUAAUAAGAAAGACAAAGACAAGGACGACAAGAAGAAGAAAGACAAGAGCGUCUUACCAUCGCCUUUCGGAGUUUCUGAGAUGAGCAUUCUGGGCAAGGAUGACAAAGACAAGGACGACAAGAAGAAGAAAGACAAGAGCGUCUUACCAUCGCCUUUCGGAGUUUCUGAAAUGAGCAUUCUGGGCAAGGAUGACAAAGACAAGGACGAUAAGAAGAAGAAAGACAAGAGCGUCUUACCAUCGCCUUUCGGAGUUUCUGAAAUGAGCAUUCUGGGCAAGGAUGACAAAGACAAGGACGAUAAGAAGAAGAAAGACAAGAGCGUCUUACCAUCGCCUUUCGGAGUUUCUGAGAUGAGCAUUUCUGAAUCCAAUAGAAGGAAUGAUAAGGCAAUGGACAAUUCUAAGAAGCCUAUGAUGAAAGAUGCCGCAAAACGAAAAGAUAAAAAACGAUCUGAUAAUGAACCAAUGGUGGACAAAAUAGUUAGACAAGCUAUAUUCGUUGCGAUCGGUAGCACCGGUGGUGAAAAGGGACAGGAAAUGCCUGGUUCUGGUUCUGGUUCUCUCAGCGGAGGUGAUGACACAAAGAGUAUGCCAAGUAAUAAUUCUCACAACACCAGCAUGGGAAGCAUGCCCAGCACUGAUAGCAGAAUGGGAAGCAUGCCCAGUACUGACAACAGCAUGGGAAGCAUGCCUGGUUCAGACAACAGCAUGGGAAGCAUGCCUGGCACUGAUAGCAGAAUGGGAAGCAUGCCCAGUACUGACAACAGCAUGGGAAGCAUGCCUGGCACUGAUAGCAGAAUGGGAAGCAUGCCCAGUACUGACAACAGCAUGGGAAGCAUGCCUGGCACUGACAGCAGAAUGGGAAGCAUGCCUGGUUCAGACAACAGAAUGGGAAGCAUGCCCAGUACUGAUAGCAGAAUGGGAAGCAUGCCCAGUACUGACAGCAGAAUGGGAAGCAUGCCUGGUUCAGACAACAGCAUGGGAAGCAUGCCCAGCACUGACAGCAGAAUGGGAAGCAUGCCCAGCACUGACAGCAGAAUGGGAAGCAUGCCUAGCACUGAUAGCAGAAUGGGAAGCAUGCCCAGCACUGACAGCAGAAUGGGAAGCAUGCCUGGUUCAGACUCAAUGAAUCGUUCUACCUCAUCUCAGAAUAGCCGUGAUGGAUCAUCCGGGCAAGACCUUCUCAAUUUUUCAAUUCUAGAAAACGGCCGAGAUCGACCAUCACCAUCCUCAGACAAAAACUUGCUCAAGGACACUCCGCAGGAACAGGCACACAAGAAAAAGAAAAAAGAAGAAAAGAAGCCUUUCCUCAACAGUUACGAGUUGUUUAGCAGCAUCGAUGGCAAGAAUAAGGAUGACGACAAGGAGAGGCACGGCAACCCUAAAUCAAAAACUGGCCAGACUGAUGUCACAGGAGGUAUGUCUGGGAAUGCAGAGAUGUUGAUGACCGAUGGCGGAAUAAUCAAACCGGAGAAUAGUACCAGGAACAAUGGCACAGAAAAAGACACAUCGAUGAGAGGUAACGAAUCUGAUGCUUCAUAUUCAUCGGGACGUUCCGGUGUUGCAAAGCCAUCAGCUCCUAGCAAAAAGAAGGAUAUGCCGUCCAACAAGGACAAAAUCUCAGCCAAUUACACCGAGUCAACGCCGAUUUUCAGAGAACCACCCGUCUACAAUCAGGGAAACAAGAAGAGCAAGCCGAAGAGCAAACAAGUAGUACCAAUCAUAAAAUUUAAGGAGCUCAAGGAUGAGAUGGACGGAAUGGACAAACUGAUCGAUGAGGUAAACGGAAUCAGAGACAUGAAGGAAAAGGGAUUUGACAACAUGGGUGGAAGCAUCGGACAGACUCAUGACAGUGGAAAAAGCGGCAAAAAUGGCAUGGAAGAUCAAAGAGACGAUAGGAAUACGAUGAACGAGAAGUCCGAAGUAUCCGAUCUCGGAGAAAAGCUUGCAUUCACGAAGGUCCCAUCUACGAGCACACCUGCAGAAGCACCGGCAAUGGAAACAACACCGUCCAUAGUGGUAACACCUGGACAACCGGCCGAGAAUCAGAGAGUCACAGUGAGCACAACGACCAUGCCGACUAGCUCAGGCAGGCACUCACAUCAAAAGCUAAGACACAGGGGCACGAAGAUGAGGAAGAGCAGGAAAGCGAAGAAAGACAGCAAAAUGAUGGAUAGUCCUGUACACGAUGAGGGUUUCUUCGAUCUGUUCACACCUGGUGAAAGCAGCGGUAGGAAAAACGAUGAAAACGAUAACAAAGACAAGAAUGAAAGGACGAAGCGUAAGCACCACAAGGGGAAGAAGAAGCACAAGGUUAUGCAGCCACAAGUUUUCAGCGACAACGAUGAAGAAGAGAAAGAAAACGAUAGCAAUGGCCACAGGGAUGCUGAGCCCAUGGUUGUCAUCAACGAGUUUCAGCCGAGCUUGCAGAGUGCUGCAGAUACGCUCAGGACAGGACAAGAAAAAGUCAAGAGAGAGACAAAAAGCCGGAACAUUGUUGAGGUUAAAGACGGAUCCGAUGAUUUUGGGGAGAAAAUGAUGAGCUGA